GCUUUACCUCGGUCAGUGGAGGGCAGGACCAGAAAUGCCACAAGAAAAAAAGAAAAAAAAACCUGGGAAAUGUUGGUAUCAUACCAUAGAACGGGCAUGCACCUGCACGACAAGCGUCGAAAUCUGGGGCGCUCAUGCUAUUACCGAUACUCGAGUACACUCGGCUAUUGUCCUGUGACGUGGGGUAAGUCGCUUUAGUCACGAACAGCCGGAGCUCGAUACAACGUGGAAUGCCUGGGUAACUCGAGGGAGAGCUGUGCUCCAUAGUCUAACCCCCUUAACACCACCAGCUCGCUCUACCCCCCCCCUUCCAUACUCCGACUCCCACCUCCGGAUACCCGUCUCCUUCCCAUCCGCAGCUUCAUACCAUCUCACCAGAGCUUAAUACCAUCAUGCUUAUCGGGCGCCCCCCAUUACUGUACCGAGGUAUCCGGCCGUCGUCCUUGGCGGUAGUUCGGAGAUGGAUGUCAUCCUACGAUCCUUCCGAUUUUCAAUUUGGGGGUGCGGGAUUUAGUUCGAGGGUGGAUACCGAUACGCCGACAUUCGGACCAUUGGGAGAUGCUUCGUCUGGCAUUAACAAGUUGACACCACGGUACAUGACCACCACUGCCACCACCAUCGCAGCCUACAUUGCUGAAGUUGUUUGAGCUCUAGGGCUAAUAUGAUCCCUUUGCAGGGCUUUGAAGCACCAUUUGGAUCGGUUCGUUGUGGGUCAGAAUAGGUCUAAGAGAAUUUUAUCGACGGCGAUAUACCAUCAUUACAAGCGGAUUCAGCAAUUACACCAAAGGCAGGAGGAGCAGGAUGAGGUGUUGAGGUCAAGUCAAGCUAUGGGAGCACAAAUACUGGAUGGUGGGUCUUUGGAUUUCAAGAGGGUUUGAACCGGGCGGCAUUUAACGGGAAUCCAGCAGAGGAGAUCCAGCAUCAGCCAAGGACUGUCCAUGUACCGCCGAAAGGGGAUCGCUCUUCUAUUUGCGAUCUCUCUCCGUUGACCAUUGAAAAGAGCAACGUGCUCUGCCUAGGACCGACGGGGGUAGGGAAGACGCUUAUGCUACGGACGCUUGCACGAGUAUUAGAAGUUCCGUUUUCAAUGUAGGAACUCACUCGGGUGUCCCGAGCAUUACGAACUAAUACCGAUAGGUCCGAUUGCACACCAUUCACACAAGCGGGUUACGUUGGAGAAGAUGCAGAUGUCUGUAUCCAUAGAUUACUCGCUGCAGCUAACUGGGAUACUCGAAGAGCUGGUGCGUAGUGUUUUGUUCGAUCACCAAGGACUCUGUGUUCUAACGGGACCUCAGAAAGCGGAAUUGUUUGUCUGGACGAGUUUGACAAGAUAGCAAAACCGAAAUCCCCUUACGGUAGUAAAGACAUAUCUGGAGAGGUAUAUUCUAACUCCCAACGGGAUACGGUGAGAGAGGUAUAUUUUUUAAUCAUGAGCAAUAUAGGGCGUACAACAAGCUCUUCUCAAGAUCAUCGAAGGUACUACCUUACAAAUUAGCACCAAACCAGAGCGCCGCCCACCCGCUGGCCUCCCUAAUUCUCCGAACAGUUCAAACUCCUCUUUUGGCGCAGGCAUGGCCGGAGGCGGUGGAGCGAAAGGGGAGACCUUCACGAUCGAUACCUCCAACAUCCUCUUUAUUUUUACCGGGGCCUUCAUCGGCAUGCAAAAGCACAUCAUAGAUCGGGUCGCUAAGGGCUCUAUCGGCUUUAACGCACACGUGCGUGGCAGCUCGGUAGAUGAGUUAGCUGAGGACCAAGAGUUAAUGAAGGAGCUUACACCGUUCUUCUCUAGUAGCGUCGAGGAAGCGGACGAAGCUGACUAUGAACCUGGUACGAAGACGAGGAUAAAAAAGAGGAAGUUUAAUCCAUUAGAACUUACGGAGCCAAGUGAUCUGAUUUCCUUUGGACUCAUUCCUGAAAUCGUAUCUCCCAUCCCUACUAAUGACACAAAUUGAAGACUAACAAUGGUCGGAAAGGUCGGCCGUAUCCCCAUAAUCGCCGCCGUUGAGUCCCUCGACGAAGAUAUGCUCGUCCGUGUCCUCACGGAGCCACGAAAUGCGCUCCUAAAACAGUACACCGAGCUCUUUGCCCUAAGUGGCGUAGAGCUCCGCUUCACCUCCCCUGCUCUCCGCCAAAUUGCCAAAUCUGCUAUAGCAAUGAACACCGGCGCCCGCGGCUUGAGAACAGUAAUGGAGCGCAUUCUCUCGGAUGCCAUGUUCGAGUCACCAGGAUCAAGUAUUAGAUAUGUGCUCGUUACAGAAGCAGUCUCAAAGAGGGAGUGCCCGCCGGCAUACUUUGCCCGUGGCCAGCAGCACGUUUUCCACUCAAUUAUUGCAACAGAGGAGGAGGAAUGGGCGGUUAGGACUGAGGAGAGGAAGAGCUCUACUACGGGAAACAACAAUGCUGCUUUGGUAUCGGGACCAAGUAGAGGGCAGCCCGGGAGGAAGCGGGCUGCUGGGUUUACGUAACGUAACAUACUAGUAGGAUUUUUGUUUUCAGAUUCAUCUUGUUCCUCGUUUUCCUGUACUUGAACUCUUUUAAUUUCUUUUCUUUUCUUUUUUAUUUUUCCAUCUUUUCUUUGAGACCUUUGUAAGCGUUGGGGGGGGGGCUAGGUAUCAUAUGCGAGAAAGACAGAUUCCUUUAUCUACUAAGUUACCCACUUUUUUUUAUAUUUUUUUAUUACCUAGCUUCACUUUGAUAUCGUUUGGAUCUGGUCUUUUGGGAGAUUUCAUUCGCUCAGAACAUGGGAGGAGUGAUUUUUGCAGAAAAGAAGAAAAGGGAGGAAUUAUUCUCUUGCUGUAUUCCUACUUUUUGUGUAUGAGAUGGUUGUUUCAAUACGCUACACUAACCUUGGUGUUUAUAAUUUCUUUUGGACGAAUGGGUAGAGGUGUGCUUUAACGGCUAUGAUAGAGUAUAUGCUGUGUAGGUGUCGGAUUUGAACGUUGUCGACUACCGCAAUUGGUUGAUUGGUUUGGAGGAUUCUGCUGGUUAACUGUGUUAACGCAGUCGGCUGUCCGAAGGGAGUGAGUAACAUCUACUUGUUAUGAGGAUAUCGGUUGAGGCUUGACUCACAUCCAUUGACCGGCACCAUCAAGAUCAUGGGCAAUCACUCUCUUCAUCCUAGCCCCCCUUUCCCCCCAGUCCUAGACUAUGAUAUCGUAUCACCAUCCACUAUGCAGAGGUGCAGAAUCCUUCUGGAGACGACUGCGCCACCAUCCCCCAUUAGCAAAUAUAUCAUAGAACAUGGUAUGAUAUGUCUAUGGCGCUUGCCCACCGCACCCGGGGCUACCGGUACUGUGCUCAUUGGUGCCCAGAGUUGUCGGUGAGCAUUGGCUACGGCUAUUUCCACAACAUUUGGUAGAAUACAAGUACAAUUGUACCGUGAUACUAGUACUUGAAAUCAUUUAUGCGGCGGCACAUUCUAUGACAUGCUCCCCCCCCACCUUCCUUCCU